AAAAUGAAGUGUCCCUUGUCCAGCUUUGUUUGAAAGCGUAGGGAAGACCAUGUCCAGUGAGAAGUGAGAGGUCACCCCUACAAUCAUUGAUACAGUUACUCUCCUUAAAACACUCAAACAAGCACUUGUUUCAGUGGCUUCUUCCUUCCCAUCAUCCAUGGAGAUUCAAACUCACUCCCUCUCCCCGACUUUUCAAUUCCAUCUUCUCUCCCAAUCUACCGACACCUACUUCCCUCCCAAUAAUGCCCCUCUCAACCACUCAUCUCUCCGACAUGCCACUGCCGCACUCAAGCUGCAAAAGGUCUACCGGAGUUACCGCACCCGCCGCAGGUUGGCCGACUCAGCCGUUGUUGCGGAAGAGCUAUGGUGGCAAGCCAUAGACUAUGUUAGGUUAAACCACAGCACCAUUUCCUUCUUUAAUUUGCCUGAAACUGCUGCGUUGCGCUGGAUCCGAGUUAAGUUGAACGCUGCCAAGGUGGGUAAAGGUUUGUCCAGGGACUCCAAAGCACAAAAGUUGGCUUUUCAACAUUGGAUUGAAGCUAUUGAUCCACGACAUCGCUAUGGGCACAACUUGCAAUACUACUAUAAAGAAUGGUGUAAAUCUGAUGCUGGUCAGCCAUUUUUCUAUUGGUUGGAUUUGGGAAACGGGAAGAAUCUUGAUCUUGAACAAUGCUCCCGAUCAAAGCUACAAAAGGACUGCAUUAAAUAUCUGGGACCUCAAGAGAGAGAACAGUAUGAAUAUAUUGUGCUUGAGGGUAAAAUUAUCAACAAGCAAUAUGGAGACGCACUUCAUACAAACGAAAACGGUGAUGAUGCAAAGUGGAUAUUUGUAAUGAGUACCUCUAAGAAACUUUAUGCUGGCAAGAAAAAGAAGGGAUUAUUUCACCAUUCUAGUUUUUUGGCUGGAGGAGCUACGUUAGCUGCUGGAAGGCUUGUGGCCGAGCAUGGAAUUCUUAAGUCCAUCUCUGCUUAUAGUGGACAUUACCGGCCAAAAGAUGACACUCUUGACGGUUUCUUAUCAUAUCUAAAGGAAAAUGGCGUCAAGCUUGAGGAAGUUGAGUUGCGAAAGCCAAAUGAAGAUUCUGAUAUAUACGAGGACAACAAUAACAUUAGUGAAGGAGCAGAAACACUUGAAAGCAUUGGAGAACUGCAUCUGCCUGAAAUCUCUGAAGGAACCACCAAUGCUCCAUCCUUAGUUAAGCGAAAUCCUCAAUCUGAAUCUGUUACUUAUGCAAGGACUUUAUCAGGUGGUCUUCAGAGUCCCAAAGCUGUGGUGCCCAAGACUGCAAUAUUGCAAAGAAUCAAUUCCAAGAAGGGUUCGAAGUCCUACCAAUUAGGACACCGACUUUCUCUUAAGUGGUCAACAGGAGCUGGACCUAGAAUUGGGUGUGUUGCUGACUACCCUAUAGAACUUAGAACACAGGCCUUGGAAAUGCUUCACCUUUCUCCAAAACUUCCCCCUACACCUUCAUACAUGCAAUUGGGUGGGCUUGUUUUGUCUUCACCUCCUAAUGGAUCUUGCUGUAACAUUGAUGGGACUUGUGUCAAUUAAUGUAUAUAAUGUAAUGUCAGGAUCUUUAAAGUGAAGGUCCAUGUUGCUUUAGGUUUUAAAGUGAAGGCUAAAGGUGUUUCGUUAUUGUUCU